ACUCUGAGCACCACUGUUUUCCUGAAGAGAGACACCAUCAGCACGGGAUGCACCGUCCUGCUCCUGCUGCUGCCUGACAUCUAGCACGGGAACGCGCGCGCACACACAUACUCACUCACACGCGCAAACAGCAGAGACACAUACACGCGUCCAAGGACUCCCCUCUGGAGCUUAUCUACUCAGAGACUCAGCGCGGAGAGACACCAUUUUUAUUUAUUACUGUCAUUUCUGAUGGGCAUGACUUGGCUUUAACUAGCUUGUUUGCGCUGGGAGACAACAUAUAGCCUGCAGCCUGUACUCUAUAUAGAAGGCUAGUAGUUGCUUAUACUGUAACUUACUGUAAUGCUUGUAGGCUAUAGGCUACUUUACGGACCCUUUUUUGUAUUUUAUUUUUUUGCAUUAAGUGCACUUACAACAGUUUCUUGCUAAGAAGAAACAACAACAAGAAGAACAGAAAGAAAGAAGAGAAACAGACGGGUCUCGGUUCACACAAUUUUUUAUAUAUAUACACAUAUUUAAAAGGAGCUCCGUCGCCCUGCAGUUUCCCGGACACUUUUUCUCCCUAUUUCUUUCUGCUGAUCGGAUUGUCGCCUUGUGCCUCCGCGCUUUUGGAUGUCCACGCACAGACUUUCGCCGAGAGGAGCUCCCCUGUUUCCAGAGGAAGAGCUGCCGAGCUGUUAUCUCUCCUUCACAUCACGCGCUAAUUUGGUGCGCUGAGUUUUAUCUCUGCGGCCCGCUCACCUCAAUCCACAAUGAGACUCAUCCCAUCACGAUUGAGUUAUCUAUUUCUUCACCUCUUUGCGUUCUGCUACUAUGCUCAGGUAACCAUUCAGUCCCCGCCUAAUUUUACACAGCAUGUGAAUGAGCAAAGUAGGGUGACGGACCGAGUGAGCCGCAGGCUAAUACGGACCUACCAGCUUUACAGCAGAACCAGCGGCAAACACGUCCAAGUCCUCGCCAACAAAAAGAUCAACGCCAUGGCCGAUGAUGGAGACGUACACGCAAAGCUGAUUGUGGAGACAGACACAUUCGGCAGUCGAGUCAGAAUUAAAGGAGCAGAGACAGGAUUCUACAUCUGCAUGAACAGAAGAGGAAAGCUGAUUGGCAAGAAAAAUGGUCAAGGGAAGGACUGCAUAUUCACAGAGAUUGUGCUCGAGAAUAACUACACGGCUCUCCAGAACGUAAAGUACGAGGGCUGGUACAUGGCGUUCACACGCAAAGGAAGACCCCGCAAGGGCUCCAAAACCAGGCAACACCAGCGGGAAGUCCACUUCAUGAAGCGGCUGCCCAAAGGACACCACAUCGCAGAGCACAGGCCCUUUGAUUUCAUCAAUUACCCUUUCAACAGACGGACUAAACGCACCCGUUACUCAGGCGAGCGCUGAGGAGUGAAGAAGGAGAAAAAUAGAGACAGUGAGUGAGCGAGAGACGAAACACCAUCUCGUAAUAAUGAACAGGAUCCUCUGUUCACCCUCUGGACUCAUAAAAGAAAUUUUGUACUGAGCAUUAAUAUACCUAAUAAUUUAGUUUGUUUUUUAAAUGAUUUUUAGAAAAAAAUACAUUAAGGAAAAAGACAAAAAACAAGGAAAAAGAGAUCUAUUUUUGUACUCCAGACUUUUAGUACUGACCUGUGUAAAGUUUUAGGAAAGCGAAGCACAUGACUUGAGAUACAUGUCAGAUGGGAGAGCUGACAUUUUAGUAGUGUGUGGACUUCACCUCUCAUCUCCUCUCUAUUUGAUUUUGUUUCGUUGUUUUGUUUUGACCGUUUUAGAGUAAUUUAUACUCUUCAUAUAUUGCUGCUCAUGGGGACUUGAAGGGCCUGAGAGAAUGCACUGAAAAAAGACGGCUGAAUUCGAUGACGCGUACAGCCAAGGCACCUCUCGACCACCCGGUGAUAAGACACCCAGCUCAUCUGAUUAACCUCUCUGGUUCUUGGCUCUGGAACGCUCUUGAGAUAAAAAAAAAACACAGUUAAAGCGAACACAGCUUUAAAUCCGUUAAUAAAUUGUGGCAGCUACAUUUUGAUAAUCACACGUUUCCUACCAUGGUUUAAACUGUAAAUUCAAGGUAUAUAAAUGCAUUGUAAGAAACGUAGGAAAGCCUUUUUUGUUUUCUGUUGCAUUUUGUCUGUCUGUUUUUUAUACAUAUAUAAAUAUAUUUUUUAUUUGAGGAUGUGUAAAAUAAUUUUAAGGAUGGAAAUAUUUAUUUAAAAAUGUGUAAUAAAUUUACCUUAGGAUACUG